AAAAAAAGAUUAAAAUGCUAUCAAAAGCAUCUUAAAAAUAUUUCUCUUAAUUACUUAAAUUACCCAGAGAUCAAAACUAAGCCCGUCUUUUAGGAGAAUACGCCCUCAACUUUUUAAAAAAUGGUAACCCAAGUUAAAAAGUAUACGAAAGAGUAAAGCUUUUCCACACUGACUCAGUAUUUACUGGUAUAUCAGCUUUAGCUUUAAAAACAAACGCCCCAACUAUACUAAAAGCAGAAGCUUUAGAAAAUGCCUAAAAAGUCGGAACAAAACCGAAAAUAGGAUUUUCAAGAUGUUUUGGAUCUAAUUUAAAUGUUCCUGUUGAAAAGGCUGUAUGCGCAAAUGCUGCAGCAGUUAGAGAAUGGGAUUCAAAUGGAACUGUGUUUGGUUUUAAUGAGACAGUCAAUGCUAAUAGAGCUGGUGAAUUCGGACAUAAUGACUUUUAUCCUGCAGUAUUAGCUGCUGCUCAUUAAAAUCCUGAUAUAAACGGUAAGCUAGCAACAAAAGCUAUGAUCUUAUAAGAUGAAAUUCGUGGUAGAUUAUGUGAAUCAUUCUCUUUAAAAACAUAUAAAAUAGAUCACGUUGUUCAUGGUGCAGUUGCUACUAUAUGCACAUAUGGAGCUUUAAUGAAUGCAAAUCCAUUAUAAAUAGAACAUGCUAUCGGAAUGUUUUUAGCCCAUUAUAUUCCAUUCAGAGCUAUUAGAGCUGGUAAAUAAUUAUCUGAUUCCAAAGGCGCAUCAGCUGCUUUAUCAACAGAAGCAGCCCUUAUGUGUAUAAAAAGAGCUAUGAACGGCUUUAUUGGACCUAAGGAUAUUUUCAGAAACCCUGAAGCUAUUUUUAGAUUAAACGAGCCUACUAAAAACGGAGAUUCUCCUUUUGAUAUCUAUGUAUCUAAUAGUGGUGAUGAUUUCGCUGUUAUGGGAAUGCAUUUUAAAUUAGGAUUAUAUGAACACUAAUCUGCUGGUGCUUUAGAAGGAUUGUAAAAGUUGAUUUUAGAAAAUAAAUUCUUAGAACAUAAUAAUGCUAAUAUUAUUAGUAAAAUUAAAAUUAUUGCUUAUGAACCUGCUUUUGGUAUUAUUGGAGAUGCAUCAAAAAGAAGACCAAAAUCAAGAUAAUCUGCAGAUCAUUCCAUGGUUUAUAUUGUAUCUACUAUGCUAAGAAAAGCUAUUGAAGACAAAAGUUUAUCAAAUGUUAGUAGUUUAGAUGAAGUAUGGAAAAAAUUGAUUCUUUUACCUGAAGAUUAUUCUUAUAAAGCUAUUUAAAAUCCAGUUACUUUAAAUUUAAUUGAUAAGACUGAAUUCGAACAUGGAGGAAAAGAAUAUGAUGAAAAAUAUCCUGAAGGAAUUCCAACUUCUAUUUAAAUUACUUUAAAAAAUGGAAAAAUUCUUGAUUCUAAAUUUAUUAUGUUCCCUUCUGGACAUGCAAAAAAUAAGACUUGUGAUUUAAGAGGUAUAUUAGAGAAUAAAUUCUAAAUACUUGGUAAACUUGCUAUUUCUGAGAAUGAAAUUUAACCAAUGAUUUAAAAAUUAAUGAAUUUGGAUAAUUUGUCUAAUGCUGAUUUAUAAUAACUUUAUAAUUGCAAUAUAAAAUAUAGCGAAAAAUCUAUUGAUGAUGUCAAUUAUUGA